GGGCCUCCGAUGGCCCGUUCCACGCACCUCUACGUCCCCCCAAAACACCCCACCAAGAUCGGGUUUGAUGAGGUGUUUCUCAUCAACCUGGCUCGACGUGCAGACCGACGGCAACGCAUGCUGGAGUCUCUCUUCGAGCUGGAAAUCGCCCCCUCGGUGGUCGACGCCGUAGACGGAAGGUCCCUGAAUAGCAGCAGCAUCAAGAAACUCGGCGUGAACUUACUGGAAGGAUAUUAUGACCCCUUUUCAGGAAGGACGCUGACCAAAGGAGAAGUUGGUUGUUUCCUCAGUCACCACCGUGUCUGGAAAGAGAUCGUCGAGAGAGGGCUGGAGAAAUCCCUUGUCUUAGAAGACGACAUCCGAUUCGAGGCUUAUUUCAAGAGGCGCCUUUUGAAGCUGAUGGAUGAGUUGGAGCAGACGCAACUCGAUUGGGAGCUGAUCUACUUGAGCAGGAAACAAGUCAACGAGAAGGAGGAAGCCGUGACAGAAAUCCCUAAUCUGGUGGUGCCUGAAUAUUCCUACUGGACGUUGGCCUAUGUCCUCUCGCGACGGGGGGCUCAGAAGCUGAUCGAGGCACGCCCCCUCUCUAAAAUCCUGCCUGUGGAUGAAUUCCUGCCCAUUAUGUACGACAAACACCCCAAUGAGGAUUACAAAAAAUAUUUCAGCAGCCGAGAUCUGCAGGCUUUUUCCAUCCGUCCCUACCUGGCUUAUCCUUCCCACUACGCCGGGGAUGCCGAAUGGAUGAGCGAUACGGAGUUUUCCACCAUCUGGGAUGAUGAUUCGCAGAAAACCACCUGGAGCGGCUCGCAGAAGACGCUGAAGGACCCCCGAGGCAUGGGCCAUGGAGGCCCCAUCAGCCAUUCCUUCCCCACAGCAUCUCGAGAUGAGCUGUAACGUCUGGCUGGUUCGCCUUCCAGUUUACGUAGAGUGGGAGAGAAAAGACAGAUUUGUGAAUGGAAGCGCCCAUUUCCCCAUCCUCACCAGACAUGCGGGGGGUGGGGUGGGGUUGUUGCUUCAACUGUUUGGAUAAGAGAGGGAGGGCGGGUGAGCAAAGGCCAGAGGUGGCUUUGGGCUCGCCCGUCUGCUAGAGAUUGGCGCCUUGCUGUGCAAGGACAAUCCUGACCCAAAUUUUUAUUGAUGCAAUAAAGACUUUUG